UCUAGAGGCAAGGAUAUCCUUGACUUUAAACUUGCACUGAACCAGCGUCACUGGGGAGGGGAAAUUGAAAAAUAGUGAAGACACUUAAAAGAGGACGAUGUCUUUUUCUAAGCAGCAGAAGAUUGAAGCACUUGCGCUUGAAUUUGAAGAAAAAUGAUUGCUACGUUUGUUGUUGCCGCUGCCUUAUUGGCGCUCGCUCCCAGUGCAGAUGCUGCCAAACUACCCAACACUUGGGGAAGAUGCCGCAAAUCAGACAAGGACUUUGCGGAAUGCAUCAGAAAAAAUGUGGAGUUGGCCAUCAACAGUCUGAACAAACCCACGCCGGAAUUGGGAUUAUCGACCUUCGACCCUCUGGACAUCCCCGAAUUGUACAUCGGAGCCGGAAAAGGCCCUGUUAAUGUCGCUCAACACUUCAAGAACGUUAAAUUAUACGGGCUCACCAACGCUCAAGUGAUCAAAUCAAAUAUGGACUGGGACAAAAAAAUGUUAAUAUCCGAGUCUAUUAAUCCCAACUUAAGGCUGCAGGGCGAUUACACGAUGAAGGGGCGCAUUUUGUUGCUGCCCAUAGUGGGAGACGGGCCUUGCAACGUCACUCUGCUCAACAUGAAAAUCACGCACUUUAUGAGCUUCGACUACAUCGAGCGCAGAGGAAAAACCUACAUGAAGGUGACCGAUUUUCGCGUUACUAUGAACCCAGAAAAAGUGAUUUUCAAGUUCGACAACUUAUUUAAUGGGGACAAGGAACUGGGGGACAACAUCAACCAAGUUUUGAACGAGAACAGCGCCGAAGUGUUUGAGGAUGUGCGCGACGGUUACGAGAAGAGCUUUGGAUUGAUCUUCAAGGAUCUGGCAAACAGGGUGUUGCCCAAAGUGGCCGUUAAAGACAUAUUUCUCGACUAGAUUCGUUCGAUAGUUUUACAGCGAUAGACUGAGCUUCAUUAAAUUCAAUAAAAAAACCCAUGUCCAGAUA